AUGACUCCCGUAUCUACAGAUGAUUACAAAGUAUCACCAGCUGGUCCUGUAACAUUUGAUGACACCAAUACAGGAACCACAGUAUUGGAAGCCAAAACCACAACCGUGUGGUAUCAAGUUACCGUGAAUGUUCCAGAGAAAAUAACUAAAGUUACAAUCACUGUCGGCGAUAAAGUCAUUGAUGCAGAAAUAAAGGAUGGUAAAGCUACCUGGCUUAGCGGUCCAGACGGUGAAUCUGGAAAAACUCUUAAAAUAACUAUAACCCGUUCUCCUGAUGGACCUGAAAAUGUUUCACUCGAUACCCUGAAAAUCAUUGCUUGUAAAGAAGAAGUUGCCUGUAAGGAUAAGAUGACUCCCGUAUCUACAGAUGAUUACAAAGUAUCACCAGCUGGUCCUGUAACAUUUGAUGACACCAAUACAGGAACCACAGUAUUGGAAGCCAAAACCACAACCGUGUGGUAUCAAGUUACCGUGAAUGUUCCAGAGAAAAUAACUAAAGUUACAAUCACUGUCGGCGAUAAAGUCUUUGAUGCAGAAAUAAAGGAUGGUAAAGCUACCUGGCUUAGCGGUCCAGAUGGUGAAUCUGGAAAAACUCUUAAAAUAACUAUAACCCGUUCUCCUGAUGGACCUGAAAAUGUUUCACUCGAUACCCUGAAAAUCAUUGCUUGUAAAGAAGAAGUCGUUGGAAGCACAACAACUCCAGUCGUUGUAACCACUACAACUCCAUUCGUUGCAACCUCUACAACUGUAGGAGUUGGAAGCACUACAACUCCAUUCGUUGGAACCUCUACAACUGUAGGAGUUGGAAGCACUACAACUCCAUUCGUUGGAACCGCAACAACUCCAGUUGCCUGUAAGGAUAAGAUGACUCCCGUAUCUACAGAUGAUUACAAAGUAUCACCAGCUGGUCCUGUAACAUUUGAUGACACCAAUACAGGAACCACAGUAUUGGAAGCCAAAACCACAACCGUGUGGUAUCAAGUUACCGUGAAUGUUCCAGAGAAAAUAACUAAAGUUACAAUCACUGUCGGCGAUAAAGUCAUUGAUGCAGAAAUAAAGGAUGGUAAAGCUACCUGGCUUAGCGGUCCAGAUGGUGAAUCUGGAAAAACUCUUAAAAUAACUAUAACCCGUUCUCCUGAUGGACCUGAAAAUGUUUCACUCGAUACCCUGAAAAUCAUUGCUUGUAAAGAAGAAGUCGUUGGAAGCACAACAACUCCAGUCGUUGUAACCACUACAACUCCAUCCGUUGGAAGCACUACAACUCCAUUCGUUGGAACCUCUACAACUGUAGGAGUUGGAAGCACUACAACUCCAUUCGUUGGAACCUCUACAACUGUAGGAGUUGGAAGCACUACAACUCCAUUCGUUGGAACCGCAACAACUCCAGUUGCCUGUAAGGAUAAGAUGACUCCCGUAUCUACAGAUGAUUACAAAGUAUCACCAGCUGGUCCUGUAACAUUUGAUGACACCAAUACAGGAACCACAGUAUUGGAAGCCAAAACCACAACCGUGUGGUAUCAAGUUACCGUGAAUGUUCCAGAGAAAAUAACUAAAGUUACAAUCACUGUCGGCGAUAAAGUCAUUGAUGCAGAAAUAAAGGAUGGUAAAGCUACCUGGCUUAGCGGUCCAGAUGGUGAAUCUGGAAAAACUCUUAAAAUAACUAUAACCCGUUCUCCUGAUGGACCUGAAAAUGUUUCACUCGAUACCCUGAAAAUCAUUGCUUGUAAAGAAGAAG